CAGGCCGGCUGUGAGCAGAGAAGAAGUUGAAAAGAAGUCUGAACGAUCUGAAGGGAAUCCAAUUUUCGGUGCUGUAGACAUUGUUAAGGCUUGCAUUGUUCAUAUGUCAUUAUCAUAUGAAGCAGCAUGCUUGGAUAUGAUUUCCCUUUCAAUCAGCUUCUUGUUUCGGAAUCGGCUUCUCGUGAGUAAUCCUGCGGAUUGUGGCGUGGGUGUGCCGCUUCACUUGUGA